GGGUUCGCCAUGUGAUGUGCUGGGCGCGUGGGAAAGACCUGAAAGAUAAAUUUCAGCCCUGCUGCCCAGGUGAUGGGCAUCGACUAGUGAAGUUUUUCUUUCUCAAAGCACCAAGUGAACAUCAUAAUGAAGCUUCUAUCCGUUCUGGUCGGGCUGGCAGGUCUUGCUGCUGCGAGUCCCAUGGGACUUGCUGAACGUCAACUUUCUGAUGGCAACGAACUGCGCGAGGGCUCUUGCAAGCCCAUUAUUUUCAUCUUUGCCCGAGCAUCUACUGAGCCUGGCCUGCUCGGUAUCUCCACUGGUCCUGCUGUGUGCAACGACCUCAAGAUGGCCAAAGCUGGCCAGGUCCUCUGCCAGGGCGUGGGGCCCGCAUAUACGGCUGAUCUCAUGUCGAAUGCACUCCCAGACAACACUUCCCCGGCUGCCAUCAGCGAGGCGGAGAGUCUCUUCAAGCUGGCUGCUUCGAAGUGCCCUAACAGCCAGAUCCUGGCUGGUGGGUAUAGUCAAGGAACAGCCGUGAUGGACGACUCCAUCAAGCAGCUUUCUGACGACGUCAAGGACAAGAUCAAGGGCGUUGUGCUGUUUGGUUACACCCGCAAUGCCCAGGAGGGAGGUCAAAUCGGCAACUUCCCCAAGGACAAGGUCAAGAUCUACUGUGCCAUGGGUGAUAUGGUCUGCGAUGGUACCCUUAUCGUCACCGCCGCACAUUUCACCUAUGUCAUGAACACGGGUGAAGCUUCUCAGUGGCUGGAAUCUAAGCUCAGCGACACCACCACUUCUUCGAGUGCCGGGGUGGACUCAGAACACUUACUUGGGUAUAAUGAGCCUACUGGAGAUUUCUGGCCCUGUCUUGUGUCCGUCUCAGUGGUUGAGAUUUCUUGCCGUGUGACUAGCCACAUCAAGGAAGCGAAGUAG